GGGCCCAACCCGGAUCAUGGCAUCCAUGCUUGCUAUAGCGGGCUGCAGUCACCAUGUUGCUAGUAGUCAGUCUCUUCUUCGGCUUCGCUGGCCUCUAUAUUAUCCGAUGGACUCUGGGGGGAAGGAAAACUCUGAAAAGACUCCCCCCGGGGCCUACAUCAAAGCCCAUUAUUGGCAACCUGUUGGACCUGCCGUCACCGGGCACGCCAGACUGGCUGCACUGGCUCAAGCAUAAGGAACUAUAUGGGCCGAUCAGUUCGGUAACGAUCUUCGGACAAACCAUCGUCAUCCUGAACGACCGCCAGACGGUGACAGAUCUCAUGGAGAAGCGCUCGGGAUUGCACUCCUCUAGGCCUCAGCUGCCCAUUGCAGAAAUAACAGAUUGGGAGGAUACACUGGGGUUGCUCCCGUACAACAAUCGGUUUCGCGCGUAUCGGAAAGCGUUGCAUCAAGAGAUGGGCACUCCUUCUUCAAUCUCCAAAUACCACAGUAUUAUCGAUAUGGAAACACACCGUCUCGUCUUUCGUAUACUUGAAAACCCGGAUGAUCUGAUCCAGCACAUCAGGAAGGAAGCUGGUUCCAUCAUUCUGAGAGUCGGAUACGGUUAUGUCACUGAACCACACACGCGUGAUCCUCUGAUUGAAUUGGUCGACAAGGCGAUGGAGGACUUUUCGCAACUGGUCCUUCCGGGAGCUUGGCUGGUCAACUUCAUUCCCAUGUUGAAAUACCUACCAAGCUGGUUUCCAGGUAGCGGCUGGCAAGAGACGGCCAAGGCAUAUAAGAAAAGAGUGACGGCAAUGAGGGACGUGCCCUAUGCGUUUGUUCGCCGACAGCUUGAGCAGCAGAAGCAUGUGCCCUCGUACUUAUCGAGUCUUCUGGAACAAGGCCUUGUAGAGCCAGGCUCAGAGGAGGAGAUCGUGGCCAAGUGGUCUGCGCAAUCGCUCUAUGGUGGAGGAGCCGAAACGAGUGUCUCCUCGUUGGCGUGCUUUUUCCAGGCUAUGGUGCUGAAUCCGGAUGUGCAAAAGAGGGCCCAAGAAGAAAUCGACCGUGUGGUAGGAACCAGUCGUCUACCAGACCUGUCUGACCGUGACAAUCUGCCAUACAUAAAUGCCGUGGUGAAGGAAGUCCUCCGAUGGCACCCGGUGACUCCACUGGGGGUCUCACAUGCGUCCAGCGAGGACGAUACAUACAAGGGCUACCUCAUUCCGAAGGGCGCGAUUCUGGUCCCAAACAUCUGGGCCAUAGCUCACGAUCCAGACCUAUACCACAAUGCAAUCGAGUUUAAGCCGGAGCGGUUUCUGGGAGUCAAUGGACGAAUACCGGAAUAUGAUCCGCACUUACUCUCAUUUGGAUUUGGGCGUCGGAUUUGUCCCGGUCAGCACCUGGCUGCUGCCAAUCUUUACCUUGCCGUGGCGCGGUCCUUGGCUGUGUUCAACAUUACCCAUGUGGUUAGAAAUGGAAAAGAGGUCCCCGUCACUCCCGAGUUUACGACAGGAGUUAUCAGUCACCCAGCUCCAUUCGAGCUGAGCAUUCGUGUCCGUAGCACGGAACACGAGAGACUUAUUCGGGCGGUUGAGAGGAGUUACCCAUGGGAAAAAAGCCACGCGGAGGAACUUGUGCAGUUGAAAACCUGAUUUGCCGGUCAGCUAUCGCCAAGGUGUGUAGGAGUCGAAGACGGAAGUCGAGAUCUCUUGGGAAGAAUUAAAUGAUUGAAAUGAUUAAGGUUCUACAUAGUACCCUGGCUUCACCAAAUGCAACAAGAGACUGGCUGCUUCUUGAGGGAAUUUUGAUUGGGACUUCUACCCCAUACCCACUGCUACCCGGGAAGAUCCACUCAUACCCACUCUGAGGCGAGAUAUGUCAAAUAGAAGAGAUAUUUGAAAUGAUGUCAUACUGUCUUGUAUAAGUUCCCAACUGUAUCUUCAGCGUGCUUCACUGGCUGCAAGCGGACAAAACGUGGGGAGAAAGCCGUCUCGGCUUGUC